AUGUCGUCCUUUAGAUGCAUCGUCCCUCCCGGCCCCAGCGCCGAAUGGAGCACAGCGUACCACUACUCCCAAGCCGUCGACCUCGGCAACGGCUCCUUCAAGAUCUCGGGUCAAGGCGGCUGGAAUGAGAACAGCGAGAUCGCAUCCGAACCCCAGAAGGAGGUCGAGCUCACCAUCCAGCACAUCGACGACGUGCUUAAAGCUGCAGGCUUGCGUGGCUGGGAAGACGUGUACUACAUGCGGUCCUACCACACAGACAUCGACACCACCCUACCAAUCAUUGCAGAGGUGCUCAAGAAGAGGAUUCCGGGACAUCGGCCUGGGUCUACGGCUAUUGGGGUUACUAGGUUGGCGCUUCCGACUAUGACGCUUGAGAUUGAGGUUGAUGCGAAGAAGCACUCGGGUUGA